GUGAUGAUAAUUUUUUUGAUAAAAAUAUCAUCACUCUAGUCUAGGCUAUAAUUUCUCCACCUCUCUGGCUUUGACACAGCACUUUUUCACAUUUCAUUUGUGUUAUCCUCAACACCGUCCGUCUCGACAGUCUUUUUUUCAAGGAAAGUAAAUUACGAAGUGUUAGAUUUUAAUUUUUCAGGCUCAGCUCAGCGUCUUUUAUUAGGUAAUAUGGAUUUUCCAUCAGCCGAGAGGGCAGUGACGGUGUACAGAGAAUGUGCCAGUGCUCCUACUCUCUCAUCUGCGUCCAUACAAAAGACUGGAGACUGUUUAUUCAGUGUACAUUCAACAUGGAGUCAAAGAGAUUUGGAAAGAGAAACUACAGUCAAGUUUAGAAAGACACAUAUUGUGACUAUCGACAGCAAAGGUCAAGUAGGAAACGUCAUCGAUCCAGCGACCAGCACUGAACUCAACUCGGAGCAGCUGGUACAAUGGUCUCCAUCUGGAAAGUUCAAAGCUGUGCUCAGGAAAGUCAAGGAUAAAAAGGGAGAUGAGAAGCAGUAUCUAGAGGUGUGGAACAGUAUUCAAAAGGUUCAUAACAUCAAUCUGACUGCCCAGGACAAACAUGGCAAAGUGUUUGAAGACGGUGAAUUUGGAUGUUUGGCGUGGUCUAGAUGUGAAUCCCAACUAUUGUAUGUGGCAGAGAAGAAGCAACCAAAAGCUGCCUCUUACUUUGACAAAUCUAAAGAAAAGGGCUCGAGUGAGAAUUCGGAAGCAGAUCCUAAAGACAAGGAUCCUGAAAUUAAGGGAGACCAGUUUCUCCAUCGUCAAGAUUGGGGCGAGCUGUUAGUUGGGAAGCAUUCUCCAGUGCCUUGCAUCUUGAACCUUCAGACCGGUCAGGUGACCGUACCAGAGGGUCUGCCCAAGGAUGUCUCUAUCGGUCAAGCAGUCUGGACUCCUGAUGACAGCGGGAUAGUCUUCACUGGAUGGGAGAACGAGCCCUUUAGGCUAGGAUUGAUCUACUGUAGGAAUAGGAGGAGUGCAGUUUAUCAUUUGGAUCUUACAAGUCAAACAUGCAAUACCAUCAGUGUGACCGGUCAGUCUGUACGGUCACCUGUCUUUACUCCAGAUGGCUCGAAGCUGAUCUAUGUCCAGAAUUCAUGCCACGGCCCUCACAUGCAAUGUGCUAAACUCAUUGUGUGUGAGUGGGAGAGUAAAGAAACAAGGAUUACAGUUGAUGUAGUUCAAAGUCCUUCAGAUGAGAGGCCUUUCCCUGGUUUAUAUGUUGGUCGUUUUGAUCAAAACUGCUGGCUGGAUAAUGAGAUUGCUUUGGUCAGUACUGCUUGGAGAAGUAAUCAGGCAAUCAUUGCAAUCAAUAUCUGCUCAGGGAAAGUCACUAGAGUUACCGAUUCCCAAGAAUUUGGUAGUUGGCUCUUCUGUGACAUCAAAGAGAGGUUUAUUCUAGCAUACAGAUCGUCACCAACUAAUUCAGGUCAACUGGUUAUAGGUGUUAUGCCUCAGGAGGGCGAUAUAUCGGGUAUUAGCUGGAAACCGUUACACGAAGCGAGUGUGACUUUGCCAGAUGUAACUUGGAACGUCAUUACGCUCAAACCUAAGACGGAUCAAAGUAGUGAUAUUGAUUUUGAAGCUAUAAUUCUGAAACCAACUGAAGAUUUGGUUAGCUCAGAGAAGAAGCCUCCUCUCAUUGUGAUGCCUCAUGGGGGCCCCCAUUCUCUAAUCUCAACAGGAUACCUCAUGUUUCCUGGAGCUUUCUGCAGACUAGGAUUUGUGAUUGCCUGUGUCAAUUACAGAGGCUCCGUAGGUUUUGGACAAGCUUCCAUCCAUUCUCUCCCUGGAGCUGUUGGGACCAAUGAUGUCCAAGAUGUUCAGACUGCGGCUGAAGCAUUAAUAGAUCAAGGUCUUGUAGAUCCGAAGAGAAUAGCAGUAUCCGGAGGCUCUCACGGUGGAUUCUUAUCAACACACAUGAUUGGACAGUACUCGGAUUUUUACAAAGUAUGUGUCACCAGGAAUCCAGUCACCAAUGUAGCAGCUAUGCUUGGGGGUACAGACAUUCCAUCAUGGACAAUGACAGAGGCUGGAAUAGACUUUGAUUUCACCAUACCUCCAUCAGCCGAGAUGUAUGCUAAGAUGUUCAACUGCUCACCCAUGGCUCAUGUUCAUAAGGUUAAAGCUCCAACUCUGAUCAUGCUCGGAUCAGACGACCUUCGCGUUCCACCCCAGCAGGGUAUACGCUACCAUCAAAUGCUCAAAGCACAAGGUGUCAAAACAAGAUUACUGAUGUAUCCUGAUAACAGUCAUCCUAUUAGCAAGGUAGAUGCCGAGGCAGAUUGCUUCAUGAACAUGUAUAAAUGGAUUACAGAUCAUAUAUCAUCAUGAAAUCCUGGCCAGUUUGAUCCUUGAUUCUUAGGAAAGACAUUCAAAACAUGUUGUUUAACCCUGAUAUUAUAAAGACUGGGAUUUUUUGAGGCUGCAAAGAUUACAGGGGACCUAAAGCCCCCCCCCCCCCCCACCAAAAGAAAACCUGGGAUGUUUAUCGGGAAAUUGCGAUUGAAAAUUGAUGCAUGCCCAUCACCCAUGACGUUAUCAUUAAAAUUGUAUAUUUGAUAGUCCCAAACUUAUUGAAAUUUAUUUGAAGUUAAUUAAUCAUGCUAAUUAUUUAUUCCAAAAAAUUUUACUCGGCUGUAAAGCCAUAAUAAUAAAGCCCUUGAAAUGCUAUUAUUUUGUUUACAGACUCUUUGUAGGAUUCUGAUCAAAUGCACACACAAAGCAAUUGGUAUAAAAUUUUUAAUGUUUUUUUUGUAUUUUCUAUUCAGGAUAAAUGUAUAUCUUUUGUAUUUCAACUCUUUUAAUGGAAAUUGUCAGCGACAAAUUUGUUCUCUAACUUUGCAUCUUAGACUCGAAACAGUUAGCAUAGUAAGUCACAAACUGUGCUUCUCAAGUCUCAACCAAUAAAAACCCUGGAAAUUCAUGAAACGAUGCGGCACAAACCUUUCAUGUUUGAAUUAAUCAAGAAAAAUGUUGAAGGGGGCCUAAAAGGCCCCUUUCCCCCAUCUUUAGGUUAAUCCUUCAAAAAAAAAAAACAUCAAUGCUAGUAGUGGCAUCAAUCUGGAAUUGAGUCCAAACAGAAUCACCCUAAAAUAGAACACAAUUGUUUGUAUGUAUAAAUGAAAUUAAAAAAACAAAUUGUUCUUGCAGAAAAUGUGUAAUUGCUGAGAAAUUGACAAAAUAAGCAUGGCAUUGCAGCUAGUGUCUGCCUUUUUCCAAAUAGAAAUACACUGUCCCACAGGUGCCUAUCUGUGUUGGUGAUCUUCUGUGUGGUCAUUUUUCAGCUUAGAUUUCAUGAUUUCCCAGAGCUAGGUUGCAAAUAAACCACAUAUAUCUAUGAUGAUAUGGGUCCCGUAACACAAAGGUUAGCGAUUAAUCUUACUCUUGAUUUCCAUGAUUGAUUGUACAUUGUAGUCAAUGCAAUCAAUCAGAGAAAAAUGCUCUACGAUCAUUGCUAAGCUUUGUGUUACAGGCCAAUGGUGACAUUUAACCUUGGUGUUAAAAAAUAAUUUAUCAAGAAAUUGUUUUCUGCAACUACAGGCAAUUAGAAUAACACCAUUCGUAUCUAUACUUGGUUGAUAAUUUAGGAGAGCAGUUGAUUUAAUACCGAUAGGUUGUGUCGUGGUAAGCUCAGUGCACACUACAUGAUCUGAUACGAUUUAAAUGUGAAGCUCCAAGAAGUAAUAUCAUUUUAUAUUGAGUUUGGCAUAAUGCUAGUCAUAGUGUAAUAAGAAUUCUAUGGAGUAAAAUCAAAAUUGGCGCCAAGCUGCAACCAAUGAUUACGUCAUGAUUUGGAAUUGACUUUGCUGUGUUCCUACUAGGAGGCCUGAAAUAGACUAGAAAUUUGAUUUAAGUAUUCAUACUACUAUUAGAACUUAAGAAUUUAUAGGUUAGAAUGUUCAUAUCAAAUGCUAGAAUUUCUUUGAAACUCGGAUUGCAAUGGAUCGUGUAGUGUGUGCUGGGCUCUAGACUUUGGUUGAAAAGUAAAGGCAAAAGUUAGUUAUACUACUGUUGAUGAAUGCCAACCAGUUCUACUACACGAAUUCCGUAAGAUAUGUAGAGUUUGGGUUAGAAAAAAUCUCAGGUUUAAGUGCACCUACAGCAUAAAUAUUAAUCGUUACUGAUAUUAUUAGCUAUUGUAUUAUUAUGAUUGUCAUGGUUAUUGUAUGUAUUAUUGUAUUUGAACAAAAUAUUGCUUUAUGAAUAGAAUACAAAACGGGUGAAUUUAAAACACUUUGUAAUACUUAAAUCUUACUUGACUUAGCCAAAAAAAUUGAUGCUCUCAGGGACAUUCCCAUGCUUUAAGUCUCUAAUAGUCUAAAGGAGGAGCUGGUAUACAGUCAUUUUGUUCUUCUGUGUCAAACAUAUCAUAAAGAUUGUUUAAGGAUGAUUUUGGAUUUCAGUCGAAGCACCACAUAAUUAUGGUCCUUGAUGAUCCCCUAAGGAAUACUUGUAGAAGUUAAAAGCAUCAAAUUUAGUCUGGAGAGACUUUAAAGGGCAAUGUUUUGUAAAGUUCAGUUGCUUUGCUUUGCGUGAUUCCUCUCAAAAUUGCACACCCAUGUUCUAAAACUUUUUAUAGCCAUGAUCGGGAUUAAGUGUUUGCAACAUUCCUGGUUAAAACUUAUAUAAAAAGAAACAUUACUUGAGGACUGCAAUUUGAGGAUGAUCAGAAAAUUUAAUGGAGGAAAAGAAACGGGAUACAUAAUCUGGUAAACCUGAGGUCAGCAAAAAUAGUUUCACUGAGCAAUUGAGCCUAGAAUUAAUGUAUGAUGACAAUUUAAAUAUAAUUUGUUAUUUUGCAUGGACGAUUGAUUAAAUAAUUGUGUCAAGGCCAUCUCGCACCUUACAACUGGACUAGCUGCGACCUGAUUUUUUUAAUAUACAUCAAAUAACAUUUGAUGUGAAUAUUGAGACUAGCACUUAUUUAUCAAUCCAUGAGAAUAAAGCAAAUUCAAUAUGUAAUCAUAAUGACAUCCUAGCAAUCAUGCGAUCGGCUACUAUUUGGAAUCAAUUUGGCCUUUGCUUCAUUGCCUUCAAGAUAAAGAUUUAGAAUUAUAAAAAAUGUGGAUUUUAGGAUUCUUACAGUUGAUUUGUCAACUGCAAAUAAAAAGAUUAUUUUCUUUCAUAAAGCAAAGUGUGAUUUGCUGCGAAAUCCAAAAUGGGUCCAUAGAUCGACUAGUUGUAAGGUGUGCGAUAUCCAUGGCACUUAUAUUUGGCUUGUUGUUUUUAUUUGUGUACCAUAUAAGAAAAACUUGUACAUCUCUCACCCCACCCCCCUCCCCUUUCUCUCUAUGAUGAUCUCAGUCAGUCUCUUCGGAUUUAUUUCCCUUUGUUAUAUGAACAUACACAUCUGUAUUUAUCAUUUUCUAUUCUAUUGCACAAUAUUUCUUUUGAAUCCUAUUCCAUCAUGAACAACCCCCCCCCUCCCCCCAUCAUCUCUCUACUUCCUUCUCUCAUUCUUGUCUUUGCUGAUUUACAUGCAUCAUUUCAACAUUUUCUUCCUUUCUUUUCGACUCAUUUACCCCCCCCCCCCAUAUAUAUAAGAUGAUUCCCUCUUGAACCCACUCUUCAGAAAUUUACCAGUCUUUUUUUUUUCAAAGUCAAACUUCAUUUAUCCUUCAUAAAACCAUUCAGUGUAAAUCUUCACCUCUUCUUUUCGCAUUAUCUGAGCACCCUCUUGCAUCUCGUCCCUUUUCUUGUUCAUUUUGCAGUUUGCAUUUUAAUGUCAAUUU